AUGCAAGAAUUCAUCAACCUUCGUCAAGGAGGUAUGAGUGUAAAGAAGUAUGCUCUUAGGUUCACCCAACUAUCCAAGUAUGCCCCAACUCUAGUGGCGGACUCAAGGGCUAGAAUGAAUAAGUUUGUGAUGGGAGUGUCCGAAUUAGUAGAGAAUGAAUGUCAUUCGGUAAUGCUUAUCCCUAGUAUGAACAUUUCAAGUCUUAUGGUUCAUGCCGAACAAAUUGAAAAGCAAAAUCUAAAGAAGAUGAAUAGGGGGGUUAAGAGGGCUAGGACCAAUGAUGUGAACUUUCUUAAUGCUAAGUCCGAUGGACAAUACAGGCCUAGGACUAAACAAAGGUACUCCGGCCAAGAUUCUUCCAAACCUACUUGCUCCAAGUGUGGGAGGAUUCAUUAUGGUAAGUGCCUAGCCGGCACGGAUUGUUGUUGUGGGUACGGAAAGGAUGGUCACAAAGUGAGGGAUUGCCCGGUUCUUAAGGCUAAGGGAAGGGAGGAUAAGAAAGUUGCCUCUAGUGAUCCGUAUGAGGGUACUCAUAAGAACAAUAGGUUUUAUGCUCACCAAUCUAGAGAAGAUCAAGAGUGA